CAUGGUUGAGCUGCUACACACCCUAUUGAAAACAAAAGCAGAGCUAGCUCGUUGCCAAGGUUAUCCAGAGCUUGCCAAGUUGCGAUGACCGCACUGCACCGGGCUUAAAUCUGGUGCUAGUACCACUACCACAGCGCCACUAGAUACCUCCGUGCUUCUGCAUGCUUUCCGACCCAGUCAACGACAGAGGCGUCCACUUCUCCUACUCAGACACCGGCCCACCUACAGCGACCUCCGAGCCCUACAGCACGCUUGUCCUCAUCCACGGCACCAGCUACCACAGUGCAAUCUUCCGCCCCCUCAUCCCCCACGCCCCCGCCAACAACCUCCGCCUCGUCCUCCUCAACCGGCGGGACUACCCCGGCACCACGCCCACCUCUCCCGCUGAAGUCGCGCGAAUCAGGAGUGACGACACGCAUGUCCAGGCUGAAGCACUCAAGGAUCUUGGUGUGGAGCUCGCGCAGUUCCUGGUGUGGUAUGUGCGCCGCGCGCGGGUGUCGGAUGUCCAGAGCGGAGGGGGCAUAGCGGUGCUGGGGUGGAGCUCGGGGAACGCGUGCGGGUGCGCGAUGCUUGCGCAUUUGAAUGCUUUGGGCGACCAAGAGCAAAAUGUGAUCAAGAAAUAUCUGAAGACGUACAUCAUAUACGAUGCGCCGUGCUACGUCUUCGGCCUCCCGCCCCCGCCCGAGGUCUACGACGCCUGGCAGGACCCCGCGCUGCCCACCCUGCAAGCGAAGACGCAGGCGUUCAACGCGUGGGUCACCGCGUACUUCCACCACCCUGAUGCGUCGUCAGGCGAUUUUGCUGGUCUUGCGAAAGGACCCGUCGUCAACCCAGCCCCAGAGAAGACGCCAACGAUUCAGAGGUUGAAUUUGGCUGAGGUGACGGCGCCGGACGCGCGAACGAGGGGAGAGGGGUGGGUGCAGUAUAUCGAUGGUGGGGUGUAUAGAGAGAAUGUACGCAAGAUCUUUCGGGAUGAGAAGUAUGUGGGGAUGUUCCCGGGUCUCAGGGUGAGGCUGGUGUAUUGCGACCAGACGAUCCCCGAGAUGGUCUGGGCCGCGCAUAGGCUGAAGAAGGAACUGGACGAGGGGAAUAGUGUGAGGAAGUUGGAAAUACGUGUUGUGGAGGGCAAUCAUUUCGCACAUUGGGAUAAGCCAGAGGAGACUUUGCGCUCGUGGGCGUCUCUACUCUGAGCUUCGCGCUUCCUGUUGUAUACGUGGAUGGCGUGGCGCCGUUCAGAGUGGUUGAAAACGGCAGCGAGGCUUUUGGCAUUAUUCGUCUUAUGCAUCCAGCAGCACACGUCGUAUUCGCCUACUGAGAUACUCAGAUAUCUCAAGGACUCGUACUUAACCGCUCUGGUUUUCUGCGGCAACUACAUCCAGCCAGACCUCCCCCCUCGCGGGGACUCCCAAAUAGCUGUCCCCCCGCUAGGCCUAUUCUGCAUGCUCAAGACGUGGCGUAUGCUGGGCUCAUUAUGGUUACUCCGAUAUCCG